UAGUCACUGCAUGAAGCUGAACCACUCUUCUUGUUGAGAUUUAUCCAAACCUAUAUUUAUCAAAAAAUCACAAACAUCACCAAAAUCUAAUAUCCAUUCAUAUUUUACCACUAUUUCAGUGGUUGUGGAGUCCCCCAGGACUUUAGACUUGCACUGACACCUCUGGCUAAGGCAUUCUGCACACUCAUCUGUUUUUAUAUGCAACAGCCAGAGCCUUAUACACAUUUCAUCACUUAAAAGUCCUAUUAAAAGCACCUAGUUUGCUAGACAUAUAAUCUUUGCAAGGCUACCCUCUAGAGGUGCUAGAUAGGAAUUUACAUAUUCCAUCAUGGCAGCUUUGGAUUAUGAAACCAUCAACGAAAACGUGAAGAAGGCUCAGUAUGCUGUAAGAGGUGAGCUGUAUCUUCGAGCUUCCGAGCUUCAGAAAGAAGGAAAAAAGAUUAUCUUCACAAAUGUGGGGAAUCCUCAUGCUCUUGGACAGAAGCCACUAACUUUCCCUCGCCAGGUUGUUGCUCUGUGUCAAGCACCAUUUCUACUCGAUGAUCCAAAUGUUGGACUUGUCUUCCCUGCUGAUACCAUUGCAAGAGCCAAACAUUAUUUAGGACUCACCUCGGGUGGUCUAGGUGCUUAUAGUGACUCUCGUGGUCUUCCUGGAAUAAGGAAAGAAGUUGCAGAGUUUAUUGAGAAGCGUGAUGGAUAUCCAAGUGAUCCGGAGCUUAUAUAUCUCACCGAUGGUGCCAGCAAAGGAGUAAUGCAGAUCUUGCAGACCAUAAUCAGAGGUCCUGGUGAUGGGAUUUUAGUUCCUGUUCCACAAUAUCCUCUAUAUUCAGCUGCCAUUACUCUAUUUGGUGGUUCUCUUGUGCCAUACUACCUCGAGGAGACGGCUAACUGGGGUCUUGAUAUCCAAAACCUUCGCCAAUCAGUUGCAGAAUCUCGUGCUAAAGGGAUAACAGUUCGUGCUAUGGUGAUUAUAAACCCUGGAAAUCCUACUGGACAGUGUCUUAGUGUAGCCAAUCUGCAAGAAAUUUUGAGGUUCUGUAACCAAGAGAAACUGGUCUUGCUUGGGGAUGAAGUGUAUCAACAAAAUGUUUACCAAGAUGAACGUCCCUUUAUAAGUUCAAAGAAGGUUUUGAUGGACAUGGGCCAACCAAUAAACAAGCAGGUCCAACUUGUUUCCUUUCAUACUGUCUCCAAAGGCUAUUGGGGUGAAUGUGGACAGCGAGGAGGGUACUUUGAGAUGACUAACAUUCCUCCACAGACUGUUGACGAAAUCUAUAAGGUUGCAUCAAUAUCGCUCAGUCCAAAUGUCCCUGGCCAGAUUUUCAUGGGUGUGAUGGUCAACCCUCCAAAACCUGGAGACAUCUCAUAUGACAGGUUUAUCAGAGAGAGCAAAGGUAUUCUUGGUUCAUUAAGGAAGAGAGCACAAAUAAUGACUGACGGAUUUAACAGCUGCAGAAACGUUGUCUGCAAUUUCACUGAAGGUGCCAUGUAUUCCUUCCCACAAGUACGUUUACCUCCAAAAGCAAUCGAGGCUGCACAAAAAGUUGGCAAAGUUCCUGAUGUUUUCUACUGCCUCAAGCUGUUAGAGGCCACAGGCAUCUCCACCGUCCCAGGUUCAGGGUUCGGACAAAAGGAAGGGGUGUUCCAUUUGAGGACAACCAUCUUGCCAGCUGAAGAGGACAUGCCUGCUAUCAUGUCGAGUUUCAAGAAGUUCAAUGAUGAGUUCAUGGAGCAAUACGAGGAGUCCAGAGGCUACUCAAGGAUGUAAACAAUGGUGCUUUAAUACAACUUAUCGUAUGUAUAGAUCUCUACAGGCAAACAUGUCUGUUUUCCUUUCAUCCCAUAAACAAUUAAGCCAAGUGAAGUGCAUGUUAUGUGAAACCUUUUAAUAAUAUCAAUUACCAUCAA